UCAGGCUUCGCUUUUAAACUGGUCACCAUGGAAACGUUACUCUAAAGUGCUCUUAUCUCUUCCAGACUUUACCUGCAUGCGGCUGAAUGUUUAGGACGUUUACACCACAUAUAAACAUGACAUUUAAAGCUGUAAGACAAUAAAAUAAAAGCUGUAAUCAACCCUGUGGCGUGAAGCUUUCUGUUGCGUUCAGGAGCCGAUUUUAGGUCCGGAUUGUUCAGCAUCGAGAGACGAAAAUCAUCAUAAUUAACAGAAGUAAAGACUUUAAAUCACCAUUCUGGGCGGAAGUAAUCUAUAUAUCUAUAUAACGUGUUUCACUCAGCGAUGAGUUACUGGAUUAAAUAUAAUUUUCUGUAAUGGAAAACUUAAAGUAUAAUCUCCCACUCUCUGGCUGGUUCUUGAAUGCAGCGCGCCGCCGGCUUGCCGUAAAGCGUUUCGCUUGGUUUCUGUUUCCUGGCUAGCUUCAACUAACUUUAAGGUCGUUUAAAGUUGUUCCAGAGAAAGACAGCGGAGUUAGCAUCGGUUCUGGUUCCGGUUCUGCUGGACCAGUUUAUGAAUUGGUUUAUAUCCAGAGGCUGAAUGAGCUUUCAGUGCUUCCUGGUUUCCUUCUGACUUUCACCGGGUUUUGGGUCAGACAUCAUGGCGGCUCCCGCUCUGCUGGUUCUGUUCGGGAGUCAGACCGGAACCGCCCAGGACACGGCCCAGCGGGUCGGGCGGCAGGCCCAGAGGAGGCGGCUGAGGGUCCGGGUUCUGCCUCUGGACGGAUACAACGUGGCCGACCUGAUCUCAGAGUCUCUGGUCGUCUUCGUUUGUUCCACCACCGGGCAGGGAGACCCUCCAGACAACAUGAAGAACUUCUGGAGGUUCUUGUUCAGGAAGUCUCUGCCGGCCGGGUCGCUGAGCUGCCUGGACUGUGCGGUUCUGGGACUGGGAGACUCUUCGUACCCAAAGUUUAACUUCGUGGCUAAGAAGCUCCAGAAGCGUCUGGUCCAGCUCGGGGCGGCCAUGUUGGUUCCGGUGGGUCUGGCGGACGACCAGCACGACCUGGGGCCGGACGCCGUGAUCGACCCGUGGCUCCAGUCCUUCUGGGAGAAGGUUCUGGUUCUGUACCCGGUUCUGUCCGAGGUGGAGCCGCUGAGGGACGACGAGCCACUGCCGCCGUCGUACACGCUGCACUUCCUGGAUGAGAAGAUGGACCAGAACCCGGAGCGGAUCGGAACCGACCCGGAGCGGAUAGGAACCGACCCGGACCGGCCCAUCGCCUCUGAGUCCAGUCCGUUCCCGGCCCGGAUGCUGUCCAACCGCCGGGUCACCGACCCGACCCACUUCCAGGACGUCCGGCUGCUCGACUUCGACAUCAGCGGAUCCAACAUCCAGUUUUCAGCCGGAGACGUGGUUCUGAUCCGUCCCCAGAACUCGGAGGACGACGUCCAGCGGUUCUGCCAGCUGCUCCGGUUGGACCCGGAGUCCAGAUUCACGCUGACGCCGAACAGCGACGCAGCAGUUCCGGCCCGGCUGCCCCGGCCCUGCUCGGUGCGCCACCUGGUGGAGCGGUACCUGGACGUGGCGGCCGUCCCGCGCCGCUCCUUCUUCGAGCUGCUGGUUGCCGCGGCGACCUCUGACCUGGAGCGGGACAAGCUGCUGGAGUUCUGCUCGCCGGCGGGUCGGGACCAGCUGCAGGCGUACUGCGACCGGCCGCGCCGCACCGCGCUGGAGGUUCUGGCCGACUUCCCUCUCACCGCAGCAGAGCUGGAACCGGACCGGCUGCUGGACCUGAUCCCAGAGAUCCAGCCGCGCUCCUUCUCCAUCGCCUCGUCCCUGAAGGUUCUGCCCGGCCGGCUGCAGGUUCUGCUGGCCGUGGUCCGCUACAGAACCAGGCUGCACCGACCCAGAACCGGGCUCUGCUCCAACUGGCUGGCCUCCCUGGACCCGGAACGAGGCGAGGUUCUGGUUCCGCUGUGGGUGAAGCGGGGCGGCCUGCGGUUCCCUCCGGACCUGGACACGCCCGUGGUUCUGGUGGGACCCGGAACCGGAGUGGCUCCCUUUAGGGCGGCGCUGCAGGAGAGGCUCUCUGAGGGAAAAGCAGCCAACCUUCUGUUCUUCGGCUGUCGCUCGGAGACCAAGGACUUCUACUUCCGCUCUGAGUGGGCGGCCAUGACGGCGGCUGGGAAGCUGCAGCUCUUCACCGCCUUCUCCAGGGAUCAGGAGGAGAAGGUGUACGUUCAGCACCGUGUGAGGGAGAAGGCAGCGCUGCUCUGGGACCUGAUGAGCAACAAACAUGGCUGCUUCUACAUCGCCGGGAACGCCAAGCAGAUGCCGGCCGCCGUGCGCGACGCGCUGCAGUUCGCCUUCCAGCAGGAAGGGGGCGUGUCCGGCCAGGAGGCGGAGCUGAUGCUGGUCGCCAUGGAGAAGACGGGCCGCCUGCAGAGCGAGACCUGGUCCUGACCCGGCCCCUGGUCCUGACCCGGCCCCUGGUCCUGAGCGUCAAUAAAUCUUGUUUGUCUCGUA